ACAUACAGACAUUAUCUUCUCACAAACACACUCUGUUCUCACACACUGUCAGACACUCUCACGGUUGUAUUCAUUACUGUCUGUUGCUCUUUCAAAACACAGGAACAGGGACAGGAGCAGAAUGACUGGGCUUUAGCCUGGUGGAGGGGAGUAACUGGGGGUAAACUGAGGACACACUGGGACUACUGUACCACUUCCACCCUCAUGACAAAUGAAGUGACAGGAGAGAACAGACAGCAGGACAGAGGUUGGUUCCAUUUCACCCUGCCGUCUGUACCCGCAGCCUGGAGCUGAGGCUAGUAGGUCACUGACAUGAGAAGACAGAGAGCAGUAACUGUCUCAUUCAGACAGAUACUGCUGCUGUAGGUAUAUCUAUAAGACAUGGGUAACAGGCUAUCCCAUGAAGACAUCUCCCCUGCUGAGCUGGAUGCACUAUGGAGAGAACCACCGUACACGCUAGCGGGAACCAAUGAACACUUCCCAGGAAAUGAUGUUGUGAAUCCAGGGGUGGAAGGGCCGGGGGUGGAGUCUGGGGGCGGGGAGGCGGAGCCGGACACUUACUGGAAGAGGAAGGAGGAGUUCACCAGAGGAAGCACCGUAUCACUGGCCGUGGGUGAGAGGUUCUCCUCAGACGUGGUGCUGGUGUUCAGCGGUCGGCGGCGCUCGGGUGUAAUACCUGACUCUGAACUACAGGAGGCGCUCCGUACCAGACUCAGGGUCGUCGAGAGCAACAGUCAGGAUGUUAUCCAGCUCUUCAAGGACCUGUCUGCCCGUCUGCUGUCUGUCCACGCUGAGAAGGACAGCUUUGUCAUCACCUUCAAGACUGUGGAGGAGAUGUGGAAGUUCUCUACCUACCUGGCUCUAGGCUAUGUGGCGCGGUGCCUGGAGAAUUUCCUGUGUGACCAGUCAUUCUGGCUGGACACUGAGCUGCUGAGGGACCUGGAGAUCACUGUGACUGUAGACGAGGAACACCUGGCAACACUCUACCUGGGACUGCUGCUGCAGGAGGGGUCGUUCUUUGCCAAGGCGCUGGUGAGCAGUGGCGAGCACAGUGAUGAGGAGGAGGAGCUGUGUUUCAGACGUAAUGACUUGCUGAUGGUUAGAGACACGGGGCAGGACAGUCACUGGGAGGGCACCCUUCUCUCCACCGGACAACACGGACUAGUGCCUGUCAACAACAUGCAACCGCUGCCAUACCCCUUCUACCAGUGGUUCCUGAGGAAGUACCCUGGCUGCGCCGGAUGCUCCCCUUCAGAGAGAGGACAGUUUGACCACCCUAUAGUAACUGGUUCCUGUGAGGCUGUAGUGGACCAUAACCCAGUAGGAUCUGAUGAGCUCCAGCUGAGUCGAGGUGACCUGAUUGAGAUACAGGGAAUGCUACUCCGAGGUCUGGACCUGUUCAUAGGAACACACUGCUCUACAGGAAACACCGGCUUCGUACACAAGGCUCACGUGAAGCCACUCAACGCCAAACCACUAGAUGGACAACUUGUGUUUCUGAAUGAGGAGGAACGUGCGUCUCUGUCCCAGGUUAACCCCUGUAGUACUGAGCCCAGAGACAGUGACCUCCUAGAGAGACUCUUCUCCUCUGACAUCAGUACUGUCUACAAACUAGACAGACUGGAUCAGUCUGAUUUUACGUACAUCAGAAACCAACCUGAACAAGAGCAUAAGCCCCCCACCAGUAGCCGGCAGUCCAUCAUCUCAGAGAAGAGUGACGCUACACUCCCAUACCACUUCUCCUACUCACCCCAGAAUGCUGUAGGGCGUGGCGGUGACGGGGAGUUGCUGUCCUUCAGUCUGGACGACACCUUCAGAGAGAUGAACGAGUUCCAGGAUGACCCACCCCUUUUCCUGGAGGAGGGGGAGGAGUCGGAGGUCUGUGACCCCACCUUGACCCUGCUCAACGUGCAUCACUUUCAGGAGGACUUCCUGCCCCUGUAUGACCUCCACCACUCAUUCCUGUGGCUGACGUUCUCAGGGCAGAGUGAGGAGGAGUUACUGGGCCACCUGGAGAUUGUCAGGGAGGGGGCCAAGAGAAUGGGCAUGGCCUGGGCACACCGACGGGCAUGCUUCCUACUGGGGAGGCUCUGCGCCAAGAAGCUCAAGUACUCCCAGGCCCGUGUGUAUUACGAGGAAGCCCUUGGAGUCUCUGUCGACGGUUUCUCUGACCUCCCUCUCCUCAUCGCCCUCUACACCAACCUCACAGCCAUCUACCUCAAACAGAAGAUGGCCGACAAGCUGCCCCCGGCCCUGGAGAAGGCCAGUGCUCUGCUCCUCUGUCUCCCCAGCCACACCUUCACUUCCCUGGAUGAGUUUGAGCUGCUGAAGCUGGUGCUGCGGAGGUCUGUGGUGGAAGGGGACAAACACCUGGAGGCACGGGCCUGCUAUCUCACCGCCAGCCUCUUCCUGCUCCUUAGAAAGAUAGAUGAUGCCCUGCCCUUCGCAGAGCGUCUCCAGUUCCUCACCGUUACCCUGUCUGCUGAGGAGGGGCGCCCCAUCGCCCCCCUGGACCUCAACUGGCUCCUGUCCCGGCUCUACCACUGUAAAUACAUGCCCUACCUGGCCCUGGCAUCCCUCAGCCUGGACACUGGACAGGAUCACUCACUACAGGACGCCUUCCACAGGAUAGAACUGUUCAGCAGGAACUCGGUACGUCUGAACCCGCGAUGGAAAGAGGGGACGUCUCUUCUCCCAGCCCAGAUCGUGGUGUACCUGCAGCAGGCUCUGGCAAUUGCGGAGCGGGGUGACGACCUUAAGACCCAGAGAGACCUAUGUCUGGGCCUGGCCUGUGUUUACCAGCAACACGGGGCCCUGGAGAAGGCCCUGCGCUGUGCCCAGCAGGCUGUACAGACCGGGGGAGGUAUCAACGAGGAGGAGGGGUUUGAGGCGUCAGUACUGCUGGGAUGGCUGUUAGUCCUGACGGGACAGCCUGAGAGGGCACAGAACACCUUGCAGCCACUAUUACAGUCUCUACAGGGAACCGACAGCCCGACCCAGAGGGGAGUGAUCCACAACCUGCUGGCUCUGUGUCUGCGGCAGCAGGGUGGCAUCCCCGAAGCCGGCAGCCACCUCCACCAUGCCCUCACCAUCUCCAGGGAGAGUGGCAACCAGAGGAACCAGGCCCUGGCCCUCGCCAACCUGGGCUGCCUGGCACUGGGCGUGGGGGCACCCACACUAGCAGAACGAUUCCUAUUCAGGUCUCUGUGGUUGUUCCUGGAGAUCUGGGAGAGUCCCGUUGAAGAGGAACACGUCCAGACCUACCUAUGGUUGGGGCGGAGCUACAAGGACAGGGGGAGGAGCCAGGAUGCCAGGCUGUGUUAUGAGAUGGGCCUCCUCAUCUCCCUCCAGGCCAGGAAUCUACCCAGUCAGAUGGUGGUGGCUAAAGUCCUGAGUCGUCACUAUGCUGACGUGCUGCUGUAUGGACAGAGUAUCCUCUACUAUGAGCACUGUGUGUCUGUGUCCAGGGACCUGAAGGACAAGAGACUAGAGGGAGAAUAUCUAGAGAUCCUCAGUAGCCUCUACCUGUCCCUCAAUACUGAGAAAUCAUCAAGGAAGUCUCUGGACUACAGUAAGCAGAGUCUGCGUAUCUCCAUCGACCUGGGGAAGAGAGAGGAAGAGUCAAAGACCUGGCUUCAGGUGGGACGCAUCUACUACCUCAUCCAUGAAGACGAACUGGCUGACAUGUACCUACAGGCGGCAGUGAAGACAGCCCUGAGGAUGAACGACCCACGCUUUGCCAUGAGUAUCUACGAGGAGGCAGGAGACGUCUUCUUCAAAGGCAACAGGAACAGACUGGCGUCACUGCCCUUCUACAGGGACGGCAGUCUCCCUUUUGCUCGGAGUAUCCGUGACGUCGACUCAGAGUUCAGACUGCUGAGUAAACUGACUGAACUGCUGAUGACCCAGGAAGAACACGAAGAGGCUCUACAGUACGCCAUUCUGGCUGUACAGAUCAGCACCAAAACAGGUGUGUGUGUGAACGAGCGCGCAGCGUACCACCGUCUGGCUACAGUGUACUACAGUCUGGAGCAGUAUGAGAUGACAGAGAACUACUACCUCAAGUCUCUGUCUCUCAGCCCUGCUGUACUGCAGCACCCCCUGGAGGCUAGAUACUACACCAAGCUCUACUGCAGGCUGGGGGACCUGACCCUGCACAAACUAAAGGAUGCCUAUGACUCGAUGGGCUACUUUCAGCUUGCUCAGGCUGCUGCCCUGGAGGACCGUGCCAACCCACAGGCACUGUAUGUGGUCUACAUGAAGCUGGCAGAGAUCCAUGCCAACCACAUGCCAGACCCACUGCUCUGCCAGGCUUACAGGGACAGGGCACAGAGCCUGAGGAGGGAACUCUGUGGGCUGGGAGAGACGGAUGGGAGGGGAGGAAUGACAGAGGGGAGGGGACGAGAGACCCUACAGACAGCAGUGCCACAGACACAGAUCCUCUCCAAGACAGACACAGAGGUAACCCAUGGAGACAGCCCUACAGAAAGCAGUGCCACAGACACAGAGGUAACCCAUGGAGACAGCCCUAUAGACACAGAGCUACUGGUCAGGCCCCAGAACGACAUCCACUACUGGCUACUGGUCAGGACCCAGUACUACAUCCACUACUGUCUACUGGUCAGGACCCAGAACUACAACCGCUACUGUCUACUGGUCAGCACCCAGUACUACAUCCACUACUGUCUACUGGUCAGGACCCAGAACUACAUCCACUACUGUCUACUGGUCAGGCCCCAGCCCCAGAACUACAUCCACUACUGCCUACUGGUCAGGCCCAAGAACUACAUCCACUACUGUCUACUGGUCAGGACCCAGAACUACAUCCACUACUGUCUACUGCUACUGGUCAGGCCCCAGAACGACAUCCACUACUGGCUACUGGUCAGGACCCAGUACUACAUCCACUACUGUCUACUGGUCAGGAUCCAGAACUACAACCGCUACUGUCUACUGGUCAGCACCCAGUACUACAUCCACUACUGUCUACUGGUCAGGACCCAGAAUGCCAUCCACUACUGUCUACUGAACUACAACCACUACUGUCUACUGGUCAGGACCCAGAAUUACAUCCUCUACUGUCUACUGGUCAGGCCCCAGAACUACAUCCACUACUGUCUACUGGUCAGGACCCAGAACCACAUCCACUACUGUCUACUGGUCAGGCCAAAGAACUACAUCCACUACUGUCUACUGGUCAGGACCCAGAACUACAACCACUACUGUCUACAGGUCAGGUCCCAGAACUACAUCCACUACUGGCCCCAGAACUACAUCCACUACUGUCUACUGGUCAGGACCCAGAACUACAUCCACUACUGGCUACUGGUCAGGACCCAGAACUACAUCCACUACUGUCUACUGGUCAGGACCCAGAACUACAUCCACUACUGUCUACUGGUCAGGACCCAGAACUACAUCCACUACUGGCUACUGGUCAGGACCCAGAACUACAUCCACUACUGUCUACUGGUCAGGACCCAGAACUACAUCCACUACUGUCUACUGGUCAGGACCCAGAACUACAUCCACUACUGUCUACUGGUCAGGACCCAGAACUACAUCCACUACUGGCUACUGAACUACAACCACUACUGUCUACUGGUCAGGACCCAGAAUUACAUCCUCUACUGUCUACUGGUCAGGCCCCAGAACUACAUCCACUACUGUCUACUGGUCAGGACCCAGAACCACAUCCACUACUGUCUACUGGUCAGGCCAAAGAACUACAUCCACUACUGUCUACUGGUCAGGACCCAGAACUACAACCACUACUGUCUACAGGUCAGGUCCCAGAACUACAUCCACUACUGGCCCCAGAACUACAUCCACUACUGUCUACUGGUCAGGACCCAGAACUACAUCCACUACUGGCUACUGGUCAGGACCCAGAACUACAUCCACUACUGUCUACUGGUCAGGACCCAGAACUACAUCCACUACUGUCUACUGGUCAGGACCCAGAACUACAUCCACUACUGUCUACUGGUCAGGACCCAGAACUACAUCCACUACUGGCUACUGGUCAGGCCCCAGAACUACAUCCACUACUGGCUACUGAUCAGGUCCCAGAACUACAACCACUACUGGCUACUGGUCAGGACCCAGAACUACAUCCACUACUGGCUACUGUUCAGGACCCAGAACUACAUCCACUACUGGCUACUGGUCAGGACCCAGAACUACAUCCACUACUGGCUACUGGUCAGGACCCAGAACUACAACCUCCACUGGCUACUUUGUCUCCUCACCCUGUAA